GACGCCUGCACUGCAGGCUACUAAAUGAAUGGACUCGAAUGUUUGCAACUGGUACGAGUACGGCAAACGAAAGUUCUUGCAAAAAACAUUAAUCCAAUGGCAUGGUUUUGCUUGGUCUGUACUUUUUGUAUAUAGGUCUUUGAGUCCCCCAAGCUAAAAUGGCAUAUGAUAUACUGAAGGAUAUAUAAAGUUAUAGUAAAUUUGUUUUAAUUGAGAAGGUGUUAGGUAGUAUCUUACUUUUGAUCCUGACCGGAAGUUGUUACGUUACCCUCGUUGUUAAUUACAACAUUAAUGACGUUCUGAACAGGCAGCAAAACAGACCGAGGAAUCCAACCACCACAGUCCCCAAAAAGGACUGAAAUAGUCUUAGUUCUACCUUAUUUAGGGGUACAAAGGAAAAUUAUUACCAAAAAGCUGGAGACCUGCAUUAAGAAAUUUUAUGGCUACUUUGAUCUUAGGUUUAUUUUCCAAAGCGCUCAUCGCAUCAAGUCUUUUCCCCCUACAAAGAUAGGAUAAACCGUACCCAAGUGAUAAGGCUAGUUGUUGGGACUGCCAGGAUUUCCACAUUGGAAAAACAAAACGUACAUUGCAUGACAGAAAAACUGAACAUUUUAAAGCGAAAACGUAGAAGCAUGUAUUUUUUAUCCAACAAUGCGUUUGAUCGUAAUGCUUAUCACCGCACCCAGUUAGAGGGAUUGUGGGACGAGCGUGACUUCGAGCGUGACGGGCCCAAAAAGCGUCUGUGUAACUUGAUAACAGUUGAUAUCCUGCGGAUCACCUCAUAUUUGUUGUAUAACUGCUGUGUCGGACCUGCUGAGGCAUUCCAUUUUGUAUCCCUCUCGAAUGAAAAGAUGGGUACAAAGGGUCUUGUUGCAGAAGUAGCUCCGGGCGUAUUUGUGAGCAAAACAAAAAUCAUUGUAAUUGGAGUAAUUCUUCUUGUGUUAUUGAUCCUGGUCAUCGUUCUUGGAGCGCUGCUGGGACACUCGCGUUCGAAAUUGUCAGACAACGAUGAAAAGACUGGAGGCAAAACUAGCUCACUCGCUGUAACUACUGCGGCUCCAGGCCCUACAACCCCUGGUUCUGAAGUGUGGUGGAAUGUUCGACUUCCUAAGAACAUUGUUCCGGAACAUUACGAUGUUCGUCUUUACAUUGAUCUCGAGAAUUCAGAGUUCUUUGGAAAUGUAGCCAUUCGGGUUAAUGUGUCAUCAUCAACUGAGAAUGUACUGGUUCAUGUCAACAAGAUGAAUAUUACGUCCGCUUCUGUGGAGAAGGCUUCAGGUGGAGAUCCACUUGAGAUUAAGCGAAAGUUCUGGUUUGAGAAGAAUCAGUUCUAUGUGAUGAUCAUGGAGUCAGCUUUGGAGAAAGGUCAAUAUACUAUCAAGAUGGACUUCAGGGCAUGGCUCACAAAUGACCUGGCAGGAUUGUACAAAAGCAGCUACAAAAGAAAGAAUGGGAAAGAAGUGACCAUAGCAGCCACACAGUUCCAACCCACAGAUGCACGAAGAACGUUUCCUUGUUUUGAUGAACCUGCAUUGAAAGCAACUUUCACUGUGACUUUGGGACACCAUCCUAGCUAUAUAUCUAUCUCUAAUAUGCCUAUCGCCCGAACUGAAAAAGAGAAUGAGUGGGAGUUGGACCAUUUCAAGAAAACCCCAAUAAUGCCUACUUACUUACUUGCAUUUGUGGUGUGUGACUUUAAAGGCAAGACUGAGAAAUCCAAACGAGGCACCGAGAUGACAUUUUAUGCUCCACCAGACCAAAUUGAUCAAGUAGAUUAUGCAAAGGACGUUGGUGUCAGAAUGUUAGAUUACAUGGAGGAUUACUUCAGCAUCGACUACCCCCUUCCAAAAGCUGACAUGAUUGCUAUACCUGACUUUGCGGCCGGUGCUAUGGAAAACUGGGGACUUAUCACGUACCGAGAGACCGCGCUAUUGUAUGAGCCUGGGGCAUCGUCCGAAUCUAACAAGAAACGUGUAGCUUCAGUUGUAUCCCAUGAACUUGCUCAUCAGUGGUUUGGUAAUCUAGUUACCAUGGCUUGGUGGGAUGACCUGUGGCUUAACGAAGGAUUUGCCAGUUUUGUAGAGUACUAUGGAGUCAAUGCGACAGAACCUGACUGGAAAAUGCUGGACGGAUUUGUGGUGGCUGAUAUGGUGUCAGCAUUUACUCUUGACGGCUUAGCAAACUCCCAUCCAAUUAAAGUUCCUGUAAAUCAUCCAGAUGAAAUCAAUGAAAUAUUUGACUCCAUUUCAUACAACAAGGGAGCAUCAAUCAUUCGUAUGCUUCAGUUUUAUCUUGGAAGAAAAGUCUUUUUGCAAGGCUUAACAAAUUACCUGAACAAAUAUCGGUAUGGAAAUACAGUGACUGAUGACUUGUGGAAUGCUCUUGAACAGGAGAGUUGUGCUCAAGGUAGUUGUAAACGCGUCAAGCAAAUGAUGGAUACCUGGACUCUUCAAAUGGGCUACCCAGUGUUGAAUAUCAAAAACAAAGGGAAUAACAAAUAUGAGGUGUUUCAGGAGAGGUUUCUUUAUGACCGAGAUGCCAAUGUUACUACAAAAUAUAAGAGCGAAUUCAACUACAAGUGGGUUGUACCAUUUACAUAUCGCACAGAUGAUUCCAGCCUUAAAUCCAAGCCUUUGAAUAUGACUUCAGUUGAGGUUGACUGGGAUGGUACAGGCUGGAUCAAAGGUAACGUAGGUCAAACAGGAUUUUACAGAGUCAAUUAUGAACAACUGCAGUGGGAUCAGCUGAUAAACCAACUGGACAAAAACCACAUGAAACUUCACCUAACCGAUCGUGCAGGAUUGAUAGAUGAUGCUUUUAAUCUUGCCAGGGGUGGAUACCUCAAGUACACUGUUCCCCUAAACAUCACAAAGUACCUAGCGAGGGAGGAUGAAUAUGUACCUUGGGCAGCAGUUAAUAACAACUUGGAUUUUAUAACCACUAUCGUGCCCCGGUCUGGCUCCGCGGCUAAGUAUUUAGAGAAAUAUUUUUAUCACCAAGCCAAGAACCUGUACAACAAACUUGGUUUUACAGACACUGGAGGCCAUCUUGAAAAAUACAAGAGAGGUUUAGUCCUCCGUAUAAUGUGCAGUGCUGGUGAAGCCUCGUGCCUGAGAAACGCAUCAAAAUAUUUUAAAGACUGGAUGAACGAUCCCGAAAAGAACGCCGUUCCAGCUAAUUUCCGUUCUUUGGUGUACUUUUACGGCAUUAAAAAUGGUGGUGUAAAGGAAUGGGAUUUUGCUUUUGAACAAUUUCAGAAGACUACAAUUGCUAGUGAGCGGAGAAAGAUAUUGUAUGGUUUAUCUGGUUCCAGUGAGCCUUGGAUCUUAAGCAGAUACCUGCAAUAUUCCAUUGACCCCGAAAAGAUAAAGGCGCAAGACACUGCCAGAGUAUUGACCAACGUGGCUAACUACAACCCCUACGGACGUCAGUUAACCUGGCAAUUUCUCAAACUUAACUGGGACUUCAUCAGGGAGAAGUAAGUCUUUCAAAUCACUUUAUAGUAUAUGUCAAUAUGUAAUUCUGUUUACAAUAACGAUUGCGUAUAAUAGUGUAAAAUAGAAACAUAGGCUAAAGGAAGGAGAAAUAAACAUCUCGUUGACAUUUUCACUCUUGAGCACGCGCUCCCUUUUUUUAUUUGAAAUUCACCUAGUGGAACCAUUCUUUGCUUUCACGAACAUAAACUUGUCGCAACUUUUUCUUCAUUCAAGUCUUGCGUAACUGAUUAAGGCUUGCGAUUAGCAGAAACGUCAUUGCAAGAUGUACAAAAAAAGAAUCAAUGGCAGAGAGUCAUGAGCAAUCGUCAACAUUGUCAUCUCCCUACUAACCUAACCUAACCCCGUCCACAAACGCCGGAGAAAUUUCAAAACGCAGCUUUAUUUCUACGGUUAGGCCUACA